AUGACACGCGAUAUUGCAAAUUACUUUAUCGGACAAAGUAAAGCAUACCGUCAAGUGUAUGACUUGGAGUUAGCCUUCUAUUAUCUUAAACAGGCUACGGAGAUAUGGUAUCAGUAUUACAACAUGGAAAAAGACACUUUUAUGAAUUCACCUACGAUGCGUACAGAGACAUAUAAAAUUAAUGAAAUUAAUAAAUUAAUCAAAGAAACAAUAGGCUUAGUGUCUGAUAAUGGUCAAAACAAUGCCAUCGAAAACGAACCACAAGCAAUGGAAGUUGAUGGAGAAAGUCUCGUAAUUAUUGAGAUUCUAUAUUUACAUACUGACAGAGCCCCAGCAGACGCGCAAACUGUCAGCACUAUUGAUUUAAUAUUCGCAGGACUUGACGCAGCGAAAUAUCCCAUCAUAAAGUUGAAUCAAGUCGAACAAUGUUUUAACCACAUACGGACGAGACAAACCCGAAGAAUAGGUUUAGUUCUAUUACAUGGGAUAGGGAGAGACGAAGUAACGGUCUUAAGACAGUUCGCCAAUGUUGACUUUAUAUUUCAACUGGAUGCAAAACUCCCAUGGCUAAAAAAACACGCAUUAACUUGUUCUUCAUCAUCGAAAUUAUUGAUCAUCCAACGACUUUGCGUGUGUCAUGAACUACUCCAUUCUGAGGUGAACUUUUGUGCUGCUUUGAACGAAUCUACGGAAUUGUCAGCGCAAGAAUUUACUCAAGACAAUCGUUCGCUAGUGCUAUUUCAACUAUUGAUAGAAAUUUUACUUCGUACUCCCAUUACAGAAAGAUGCAAAAAUGAUUUUAUCGAAUUGGCUCUCGAGCAAUAUUCCAGUAACCCUGCAGAUAGAAAUGUCAUAAGUUCAUUUGCCUCCAAAUUCAAACCUAACGGAGCAAUUAUGUGGUACACGAUGAAUUCGUUUGUUUAUCGUACAUUAAAUCGAGCGCUUAGAGACAAUAACCUUCAAUCAAUGUACAAGAGCCGAUAUUUCAUUUGUCAUUUGUAUGACGAAAUAAAAAAACGUUAUACCGAAACUUGCGCGUUUAUGAAUUCUCAGAUCUCUGUUUAUCGAGGACGAACAAUGUCUUCUGAUGAGUUACAAAUGCUACGGGCGAACACAAGCAAAGUCAUUACUACAAAAUGUUUCUUGUCAGCAACGUUCGACCAAGAAGUGGCCGUUGCUUUCUCAGGAAUGGAAACAAAAGCAGCCAACGGUAUUUCUGUAAUCUUUCGUCUAAUCAUCGAUGCGUUUACAAAUGGAUCAAUAUCAUUUGCACCGAUUCAGAACAUAAGCGCAAUGAAAGAUGAAGCAGAAGUUCUGAUUCUACCUGGAACAGUAUUUCAAGUCAAAAGUGUUGUUGAAAGAGAAACAAAUGCGUUUGAUGUAGUAUUAAUCCAUACUCUUGAACAACAGCAGCUUGUAGAAAAGAUUCGCCAUUCGAAAAGUAUCUAUUUAGACAGAGCACGAACAGUCACAUCAUUCGAUGAUUUCGAAGCAUUGGUUAAAGAGGCUUCAAGUGAAAUAAAGGAGCAGGAACUGCUGCUAAUACCUGCGAUUCACAAUAAAAAUGAAAAACGCCUCACUAAAAAGUAUUCGUCGUCAUUAUCAAUUUCCAGUGUAACAUCGAAGCGUUUAUUGAAAAAUGUGUUGGAACUUCGAUCGUCGAAUACUCGUAGUGAUGGUUCGAUUAUAUUCAUUGUUGAUGAGACUCCCUUUGAUGACGAUAAUGAGGAUAGUGAUUUGUUACUAUCCGAUAGUAUUAUUUGCCGCUUACUUCCACGUCAAAAUAUUUAUAAUCAAUACGCUUUUAGAAUUAAAAUAAAUAUAUCAUCAUCAUAUCCAUUUUCCCCACCAACAGUGCGUUUUCUUACUCCCAUUUAUCAUCCAAAUGUGGAGCAAAAUGGAAAUGUUUGUUUGGAUAUUCUUCAAAACAGUGAAUCAUGGAAGUUUAAUACGUCAUUGGCCACUGUUUUAAUCUCUCUGGUCGACCUCAUCGAUUCUCCUAAUAUAGACGAAGCAGUGCGUAUGAAUAUAGCCGUAGAAUACAUACAAGAUAGAGCUGAAUUCAAUCGUAAAGCAUUAGUAAUGGCGAAAAAACACGCUCUACCUCGAUAA